AUGUCUGCUAGAAAGGAGAGGAGCUCCUCCAACGGCUCUCCCGGUACUACCCCUACUCCACCUCCUGCCUCUGGCCUACUGACAGAGGAAGGGACAACAACUAGACCAGCAGCUGGGUCUACGGAAACACCCGCAAACCAAGGCGCGGGCUUCGAUCCAAGUAUGAUGGAGAAAUUCUUCUCCUUCAUGUCCUUCUACGAGCAGCAUCAGCAAGGAGUACCUGCGCAAUCAAACAACAGCAACAACAACAACAACGUGACGCCCAUGAGUCUCGAUGGCUCAUCCUACGCACGCGGGAAUCAACAUCAACAACCUACCUUCGCUCCAUACGAGCCCCAGCGCGGCUCCGUCAGCUUCAUGCCGCAACCACAACCUGCACCGAGACAAGAAAGAGCACUGGACGCACUACAAGUUCAGUCGCAAUUCGCGCAUGUUCUAAAACUACAAACGACAAAACCUUUCGACGGGAAGGAUUUCUUUACCUGGUCGUUCGAAUUCGAGCUGAUGAUGGAAGGAGCGCAGAUCCUUGGCUUCUUCGAUGGGUCCCUGCCAUAUCCAACAAACGGCACGCAGUAUGAGAAGCAGCAGUACACCUAUCAAUCGAUGAUGGCUCAGCUGAUGGCGAAAGGCAUACACCUGGAAGCCGACAGCACCACCCAGGAGUUCAAACUGUACCACGGGAAGGGCGGCCUCUACAUCGGAAAGGCGGUUCUGAAGAAUAACGUCUUUGUCCUUGACUUCGUCCCAGACCUGGGCACCGCAGACAGCGACGCCAUCGUGAACUUCGCCGACUGGACGCACCCUCCAGAUCUUGAUCCAGACUUCAGCCUGGAAGGCUUCUGGUACUCGCAUACCAUCCCUGAAGCAGAACGAACACGCGCGUUAGCAACAAUUCAACAUCCGGCAGUAGCAGAAACAACAUCGGCAGUAGCAGAAACAUCAUCAGCAGCAGCAGAGACAACAUCGGCAGCAGCAGAAACAUCAUCGGCAGUAGCAGAACCAUCGUCAGCGACACCAGUUCUCGUUGACGAAGCACCACCAACACUCGCACAGCAGCUGAACCCAACUCAACGAGAAGUCCACAGAAGCGCAAACUUCGUCGCCAGCUUCUACUCCAACUCCGAUGCGUAUCGACGCUCACCCGGACACCGCGCCUCCGAAGACAUCUGGCACGCACGCAUGGGACAUCCAAGCAACACCGUGUUAAAUAAUACAAUAAGAGCAGGAGUCCUAGACAAGGAUUCAUUACUACUACCCGACGGCAGAGAACUUCAACGGGCACGAGGAACUUGCCUCACCUGCCCCGAAGCUGACUUACCACAUCGACCGUUUACUCCUCACCACAACCCGAGCGCACCCGCGUACGCACCACUCGAGAAGGUGUACAGCGAUAUUCUCUUCAAUCGAGAACCAGGACAAGUUACUUACAACUACACGAUAACCUUCAUCGACGCCGCCACUCGAUACGUCUGGCACAUAAACCUACCCAGCCGCGACAUGGCACUCGCAGCGUUUGCCGCCUGGCUACCAGUAGCAGAGAGAGAGUCGGGAGCACAGCUGAAAAGCUUCCAGUCAGACGGAGGAGGAGAAUACACCUCUCAGCGCUUCAAGCAGUACCUGGCGGAAAGAGGAAUCAAGCAGCUCCUCUCCCUUCCCUACGCCCAUCAGCAGCAAGGUGUCGCAGAAAGAAUGAACAGGACUCUGCAGAACAGCAUGCGCAAACUGCUUGGUGGCAUGCGGCUACCCAACCACCAGUGGCCUGCAGCAAUGGACCACGCUGUCAUGCUGCACAACUUGAUGUCGUCGUCCUCACUUCCGAACAACGCAUCACCGCAUCUGCUGUGGACAAGGAAACAGGGCAGCACAAAAAUGUUACAAGUUUUCGAGUGUAUGGUACAGUACCGACCCCCAGAAGCACGAGCGGGAAGAUUUUCACAACGCGCACAAUGGGGACUACACCUCGGCAUCGAAAAGAAUUACAACGCGUGGAAAAUCUUCGACGUCCACUCCAAGGAAACAGUAGCAGCACGUGACGUGAUCUUCUACGAACGACUCACGCUUCAGACGUACCUCGCCAACUUGCACGAAAAUCAGGACCCCACAGGUGGCUUUCGUGGUGACCGAGCCUUCGCCUCAGCAGCGGACGAAGCAGACUGGGACGAGCAGAACGUCGACAACGCAUCAGAAGAAGCCGGACCUCUACCAUUCUGCUCCGUCAACGUCCCCAUGGACGAAGAAAAUCCUCGCGAAAGCGCCAACGCCGAAGUCUUCUACCACUUCGCCGACAACGGUUACGUAACACCUGCGACAGUCAACACCAACGAAGCAGAACGGAUAGGGCCGAAUUUCAUACCUGACCCAGAAGCGGGAGAUGAAGCAGCUUAUCCCGAGGACACAACUCUCCCCCGCUACUCACAGACUGGACUGCAGAUUCUCGGCCUCGUCACCGCAGUCCACGGCAAUACUCUUCCUAAAGAGCCUGCGACAGUUCAGCAGGCUCUUGGGGGGAAACACACGGAGAAAUGGCGUGAAGCCAUGGACAGAGAGUUAAAGGCGCUGGAGGAACGCAACACCUGGAAAGUCGUUCCCGUAAGCGUGGCAAGGAACAAGACCAUCCUCACCGGGAAAUGGGUCUUGCGCAUUAAAAGAAAGGCAGACGGUACAAUCGAGAAAUUCAAAGCACGCUGGGUCGUGCGUGGAUUCGACCAGGAGCACGGACGGGACUUCACCGAGACAUUCGCCCCGGAGAGCCGACAUACCUCACUCCGAAUUCUUCUCGCGAUCGCCGCUAUGAAGAAGAAGAAACUGCGACAAAUCGAUGUCGCCAACGCGUUCCUCUACGCACCCGUCGACGCCGAAAUCUUCGUCGAGCUCCCACACGGUACCCACGGGGAACCUAACCAAGUUUGCCAGCUACUGAAAUCGCUCUACGGUAUCAAACAAGCCCCGCGGCUGUGGCAACAGCACCUACACGCUCGCCUCACUCGCAUCGGAUUCCGCCAACUACCUCACGACCAAGGAAUGUAUCGACUCACAAAAAACGCCGACUAUAUCCUGCUGAUCGUCUACGUCGACGACCUACUCUACAUUGGCUCCACCGACGACGUCACCACCUGGUUCGAAGGGGAGCUGCAGAGGGAUCUUACACUCACGGUCUCCUCUACCGUCACUCAGUACCUCGGACUCAACAUCCGCGAAGAAGAGAACGCGAUCUAUCUCAGCGCCGAAAAGUAUGCCGACACUAUCGCCAAACGCUUCUCGCUCACACCUACCACUAUCUCCACGCCAUACCGCUAA